CAUACAGCAUCUCCAGGCAGAAAGGGCAGCAUCACCGUCGCACGGCCUGCUCAUUACCGAAACAAAAGUAGCCGCGGAUGGGGUGCAGUUUUGGACGUGCUGCCGUCAAGAAGUAACGUAGAAAGGAACGACGCACCAGUAGUGAAACCGUGCAAAGAACCCAAAGCCCGCCCCGGGGUAAUUGUGUGUGCGUGUGUGUAGUGUGUAGUGUGUCAGUGGUUCGUGAAUCAUUUCCUUUCGUUCGCAAAUUUACUGCAAAAAGGGACUUCUGUUUUGGGCACGGCCAAAGGAAGAAAAAAUAAAACAUACACAAACGAGAGAAACACAAGCCUUCGCACAUCGGACGCAGAAGCGAGGCUGUCGUACAUCCAUCCACACCAAUCAGCAAUCAAGCGAACGCAGCGGCCGGCAUAUCUCGUGGAAUACAAAAAUCAGCAAAAAAAAAGAUACUUGUGCCAGCGUCCGGUUGCGAAUAUCAGCAUGGCGUGGAGAUUUAAGGCGUCGAAGUACAAGAACGCGACACCGAUCGUGCCAAAACCGGAAGCCUGCAUCCGCGAUAUCUUCGUCGGUUCGUACCAAACGUAUGGCAACAAUAUUGCGGCGUCCGCCGCGUUCAUCGCGUUCAACUGGGAGCAUGCCGGGUCCAGCCUGGCGGUACUGCCGAUCGAUGACUGUGGCCGGAAGAGCAAGACGAUGCCGCUGCUGCAUGCGCACUCGGACACGGUCACAUAUCUGGACUUUUCGCCGUUUCACGACGGCUUGCUCGCGACCGGCUCACAGGACUGUCUGGUGAAGGUGUGGCACAUUCCGGAGAAGGGCCUGGAGCAAUCGAUCUCCACACCGGAAUGUACGUUCUCGACGAAGCAGCGGCGCGUCGAGACGGUCGGGUUUCAUCCAACGGCGGACUGUUUGCUGUUUGCCACCGCCAUCGGGUGUGUCACGCUGUGGGAUCUAACGUGCCAACAGGAAGCGUUCUCAAACAAUGAACACCCGGAGGUAAUUCAAUCGCUGAGCUGGAAGCAGGACGGGCGAUUGUGCGUGACAAGCUGCAAGGAUAAGAUGCUGCGUGUGAUGGAUCCACGUGCCAGCUCGCCGAUAACGCUGGCCGCCGAGAGUCAUCAGAGCAUCAAGGAUUCGCGGGUGGUGUGGCUUGGUGACCAGAACCGGGUACUGAGCACCGGGUUCGAUGCGGCUCGCCUACGGCAGGUGAUCAUCCGUGAUCUGCGCAACUUUUCCACGCCAGAGAAAACGCUUGAGCUGGACUGUUCGACCGGCAUUCUGAUGCCACUGUUCGAUCCCGACACGAACAUGCUGUUCCUGUCCGGCAAGGGCGACACGACGAUCAACUAUCUGGAGGUGACCGACAAGGAUCCGUACUUGAUUGAGGGUAUUCGCCAUUCGGGCGAACAGACGAAGGGCGCCUGUCUGGUGCCGAAACGAGCGCUCAAGGUGAUGGAGGGCGAAGUUAACCGCAUCAUGCAGCUAACGUCCAACUCGGUCAUCCCCAUUAUGUAUCAGGUGCCACGAAAGACAUACCGAGACUUUCAUACCGAUCUCUAUCCGGAAACUAACGGCUACAAGAGUGAACUGACUGCUACGCAAUGGCUUGACGGUGCCAAUACACCCGUGCCGAAAAUAAGCCUCGAUCCAGCGAAGCGCGAGCUUGGCGAUGCACCAAUCAUUGUCCUCCGCGGACCACUGAACGAGGUGGUAAACAAUAUCGCAAACAAGAUGCGCAACACGAAAUCGCCCAACACCAUCUCGACGGCGGACAAAAUCGAACGGGAAAAGGGAAUCGUAAAGGCGACGUACGUGCCGAUCAAGGAGAAGAUCAAGCACAUGGAGCAACAGUCACACACGGAAAAGUGUGAGCUCGAGCAACGGUUCAAGGAGAUAUCGGCGGCGCACAAGGAAAAGGACGAAGACGGCAACCCGCAACCACUGCCAACGGCCGAGAAGAAUGGCAACGACAACCACCACCACCACCACCAGCAGCAGCGAGAAACCUCUUCCUCGUCGUUCGAUUCGGAGACGGAUGUGCGGGCCGGCGAAACGACGCCUCCGAAACCACUGCCAAGGACGUCGCGCAACAACUCGGUCUCGGAGCAACUGUCGGCGACGGUCGGUGCCACCAACGAGGACGUGACGACCUCCGUGGUGACCGCACCGAACGUUGCUGUCGCUCCCCGGCCAGUUGCUAGACCGCGCACUACCAGCGGAUACAAGCCACGCCUGGGACCAAAACCAUUUUGCAGCUCGGGAUCAACGGGUGAUUUCUCGUUCGACAAGGUGUUCAGCGUACCGGUCGUUCCCGGCGUUGAACCGGGCACCGAAAAAGAAAGCCCUCUGUCCGCACCACCGCAACCAAUGAUGGCGGCCGGUGAUGGACUGCAAGGUGAAACGAAUGGUAAUACGGUGACCAUAGCACCGGAAGGCAGUCCAACAACCGAUUGUGGCAAAACUGCCGACGAACCAAUGGAUCAGUGUGAUAUCGAAACACGCCAAAUUCCGCAUGCAGAGUUACGAAAGCCUGGUGAACAAGAAAAGAUCUUCGAACGCCACACAUCGUCGGAAUCAGUGGACCAGUUUGAUUUGGGCACGGACGAUGCCAAAAAUCAAUUCGAGCGGAUGAGCGCUCAACGGACGAGCCUCGCCGAACGGCGACGCAUGUUUGAAAGUCGCUCCCAGAGCGUACAGGACGAGAAGGCUAGCUCACCAACACCUCUGAGACGCCUUGAUUCGCUUAAGGCACGCGGUGAGCAGAAAACGAGCUCGGACGACACAGAUCUGAUGCCACCGCCCGGUACGGACUUUCUGCGCAAUCGCAGCGAUCUCUCCAAAGAAAACAUGCCGGACAUUGUAAAGCGUAGCAACAGUACGGCUGGCGUCUCUUCGGCUGCCACCGGUGCCAACAACAAUGUCGCUUCCAAGCGCACCUCAACCGUGUUCGGGCGCGUGUCCAAGUUCCGCCAUCUCAAGGGAACGCCUGGCCACAAGAGUACGCACAUUGAGAACAUACGCAACCUUAGCCGCCAGAUACCGGGCGAGUGCGAUGGGUUCCAGGCGAAUGCGGAGCGUGUUGCGGUGCCGAUUGCUGGGGCGGGUGGCAAGAUCGCCGUGCUGGAGCUGAACGAUCCGGGCCGUCUGCCUGAUGGUGUCAUUCCGACGCUGGUCAACAUCCAGAACAUCAUGGAUUUCCAGUGGGAUCCGUUCGAUGCGUACCGGCUGGCGGUGGCAUGUGACGAUGGUUCGGUCAAGAUUUGGCGCAUACCCGCCGGUGGACUGACGGAGCCAACGAACGAACCGGAGGCACUGCUCGUUGCGCACACGGACAAAAUCUACAUCAUGCGCUUUCACCCGUUGGCGCAGAAUGUGCUGCUGACGGCAAGCACCGACAUGGUGAUGAAGCUGUGGGAUCUGGCAACGAUGACGGAGAAGUACAGCCUGCACGGUCACACCGAUCAGAUCUUUUGCUUCUCGUGGAGCCCGUGCGGCCGUUACGGUGCUACCGUUUCGAAAGAUGGGCGCAUCCGUGUGUACGAGCCACGCAAAUCGACGCAACCGAUCAAGGAAGGUACAGGUCCAGUUGGCACACGCGGUGCCCGUAUCGUGUGGGCGCUCGAGGGUGAAUACUUGGUGGUGACCGGAUUUGAUAAGGUCUCCGAACGACAGAUCUACGUGUACAAGCUGACUGAUCUCAGCGCUCCGAUGGGUAUGGUUGGGCUGGACGUUUCCCCCGCCAUCCUGAUGCCGUUCUACGACGAGGACAGCUCCACGCUCUUUGCCACCGGCAAAGGUGACAGCACCAUCUACUGCUUCGAGAUCACCGAUGAGGCACCGUUCAUCUGCCCACUGUCCCACCAUCGCUGCACCACCCUUACCCAAGGGCUGAGCUUUUUGAGCAAGAACCAUUGCGAUGUGGCAUCGGUCGAGUUUGCACGGGCCCUGCGGCUCACGAACGGUACGGUGGAGCCGCUCAGCUUCAAGGUACCGCGCAUCAAGUCCGAGCUAUUCCAGGACGAUCUGUUCCCACCGACAAAAGAGCUGUGGCAGCCGACGCUCACCGGGGACGAAUGGUUUGCCGGCAAGGACGUAACACCGACACGUAUCAGCUUGAAGCCGGACGGCAUGGAUACGCUGUCCUCGAUUCAACCGACGGUCACAACCACACCCUCGAAGAAACCCGAACCAAUCUCUUUGCCGCAGGGUAUACAGAAACCAUUUACCAAGGCACCCGAACAUGUCCAGGAGCAGAUUAAAAAUGCUGUCAGCGCCCGCAUGUCCGUGAACAAGAAGCUCGAACAGGACAGCAUGGAGGGCGUGGACGAAAAGGAGUGGGAAGAAUAGAGCGUGCGUGCUCAGCUUUCCCGCUUUAACACUGCAUCAGCCGAAACCGAAUCGGGCUGAACAAUUUCCGUUCUUUCCUUUUUUUCAUUCCUACUCAAAAUUAUACUUUAAUACACGCGCGAACGCGAAUAUCGAUUGAUCGAACAAAUUGGACCGGUUUAUCCGUUUCACCAUUACCAUACAGAUCAGUCGCUCAGAAGCGUGGAUAUCGGAAAACAAAGAAGCGAAUCGUGCAUAUUCAUCUGCGAAGACUAGUGCAGCCACUGGCGUUCUUAUACCGCUGGCUGACGAGUAUUGAACCGAUCUCGAUCGAACGAUUGGAUAGUUACUAUACUAUUGCAAAACGGAGACUGAUAACAAAAAAGCAUUCACUCCUAAUUUCCUAAACGGAUUCAAGCAAAAGAAUGACAUCAAUUCUGUAACCAAAAAAAAAGAACAAAACAAGACAACUCAAGACGAGACACGAACAGUCUCCAACAGACUAGAUCCCUCAUAUAUGUACAGGCACAUGCGCAGAACUGGUUCUACAAAGGAUGCAUGCGUUUAGGAGUAUGCUUGCCGUAUUAGGACAAUUUUAUCGUAAAGAUGCUCUCUCGCUCUCUCUCUUUUUCGGUUGUUUUUUCGUUCGAAAAUUGUGUGAGUCAGAUGAAUGCGCAUUAAAGCUUAGAUACUGCCGUUUAAUAACCAACAUAUGGCCGGGAAGAGUGUGUGAGUGGGUUUUUUUUUUUUGUUUUGGCACGAUAUAUGAGUACACACUUACCGAGAUCCUAUAAAUGAUGCAUUUAAUCAUUUAUUCCGCUUUUUUUUACUAAACCUUGAGGUAAUUUGAACACACACAGGCGGUGCGAUACACACAAAACAGCAAAACCAAAACAAAUGACAAUAUUUUGAAAUUAUACCUUGUAUGGAUAUAAGCAAAAUGGAGGAGCACUGCCGAUCACCGGUUUUUGUCACGUUCACCGUUUAGUUUUGGGUUUUCGGAAACCACAUCAGCUACGGAUAUUAUCAAUCUACGGUUAGAAAGACAGGAAGAGAGCCAAACGUCGUUCUAACGCUAGGAGCAGGAGGAGGAGGAACGUUUUCUACUAAAUCUUACAAGUCCGAGCAAUAUGAUAACUUGUAUCGGGGUGCUCUCAGACCCCAUUUGACUGCUGUGUAUUGCAACCCCUCCCGUUUUUGAUAGGUAGUUGAUAGAAGAGGAUGCUUAAGAACGCUUGCACGACCGGGUACCCAUUUUCGGUACACGGACUCUCUAAAACCCCAGUUACGGAAACACACACACAGCAAACAUUUCAUUUUGAAAGAAAAACAAAAUGAUCUACCUCCACUAGAACGCAUUAUUGUGCCGACCUUUUCUACUUUGGGAGGGCCACGUGUGAGGUUUGUUUUUCUUUUUAUACGCCGAACAGAAGAAGCUUAAACGAAACAAGGCUAGUCAGGACAGGCAGAGCAUUGCGAAAACGCGCACCCGACCAGGCCACUGGAGCCUGAUUUGAAUGGUGCGUGUGUGUGUGUGCGCGCGCGCACCAGCCUGUGUGAGGUUGGCGCGAUAUUGUGGGACGCAACAGUAUGCAAUAAAAAGAUGGCGGAGCGAGGGCAUUAAAGGCGCGAGGAAAAAAAAAAUUGCAAAUGGCGAACAGUUGCAAAGACAAGCAGCACAAAGGCACACACGCGCACAACGAGAGGGGAAGGAUUUCGUACAAUGAUUUCCACCUACUGUUUAGCUUUUAUAGUUGCAUACAGUACUGAAACUUCCAUCGCCUCAACGCUUACAUCCUGUACAUACACAACAACAAAAACACGUUUGUUUUGUCACCCAUUUUUUUUGUUUGUUUGUUUGUUUGAUCGAACUUUAUAGAUAGAUAGGUUUUGUGUGUUUUAAUUUAUCGGCCCGGUUCGAUAAAGAAGAAAAUUUCCAUUCCCGUUUGACUCUUUAAAACAAAAAUUGUGCUAAAAACUUGUGAUCAAUUUUGUAGCGAUUAGUUUCUUUUCUCUCUCUCUCUCUCUCUGUCUCAGUAUGGGAAGGCAUUAUUUUAGGCAGACGGAGGUACGCUAGGUGGAUGAAAAUGAUAGAGAAGUGUCCGAUCGAACCAGUUAGAAUUAUUCCGGUGCCAUCUUGAACACAGCUUACACGGACUGCGAUUGAUUUUCGGAACGAACCAUUUACAAUUUUGCAUCAAUUGCUGGGCGCCAUUUUGUACGCGAGGAUUCAGCCAUUUCAAGCUCAGUGAGGAGCAUCCAAAAACAGAUCAAACCUAGCGUAUAUGAUGUGUGUGUGUGUGUGCUUAACCUUCCAAGGCAGGCUAUUUUUAACCUAUAAACUAGUUUACUACCCAUUACACAUUAAAAUGUGUAUGGUAAUGCUGAUGGUGCUUUCAUCCCUUUCAUCGAUGUGGUAUUAGAAGAGUGUCUCUAUGUGUGUGUGAAUUGCAAGCUUCAGAACGUUCAUCAUCCCCUGCAAAUGGCUGCACUUGGCAGCCAUUUUAAGAACAAUCAGCAGAGCCUCCUUUUUAAUGCACACACACACACACACUCAUAUACCUACCCCGGAGUACACAGCAACCACCUUUUGAUCCAUAUCCAGUAAUUCGUAGUAAGAAACGAAAAUGCGAAACCAAACAGCAAAAUCCUAAUAGUGCGCACAUUGGACUGAUAUGUGUGUGUGUGUGUGUGCGAAUGUGCGCAAACAAGAAGAAGAAGAAGAAAAAAAAGAAUCGUUGGAGCGUGAUAAUCCAAAGAAAAUGCCAUUUCCCCUGCCCCCACUUUGAGCAAAGUUUUGUAAUUUUUGCAGGGGUGGGGGGGGUGGGGGGAAAAGGAAGGAGGAACUCUUUUGCCCUGUCGUGCGCGUGAAAUCUUUGUGAAAAGUGGUGCAAAGAUUUGUAGAGCAGUCGAGCCAGCAUUGGUUAUGGUGGCAAAACGAACGAAUCCUGUUCUUGUACUCCCUAAUCCUCUCUUGUGCCCUGCCAUAUAUAUUUCAUCGUAUUGGUAUAUAUACAUAGAUUAUAAAAAAAAUAAAGAAACUUGAAAACAGAAAAA